UCCUUCCCCUCCAGGCGUCGCAGCCGGGGCCGCUCGCCGGUGCUGCCCGCUAUGUACUACCGGUUCCACGGCUUCACGCAGCGGCUGGUCGGGGCGGCGGCGGCCGAGGCCUACAGCCCGCAGGGACUCAAACCAAUAGUUUCCACUGAAUCCCCAGCUCUGACAACACCUAAACUUGCUUCAGAUAUACCAGCAACUGAUACUUUCUUGGGUAAAAACAAGGUGCCAGACCUACAGAAACUUUUUCAGAAACCAGAUGGGCUGCCAGUACACCUGAAACGAGGAGUUCCAGACAGGCUGCUUUAUCGGACCACUAUGGCUCUAACAAUAGGCGGGACAAUCUACUGUCUAGUAGCACUGUACAUGGCCUCACAACCAAGAACCCAAAAAUGAACCACAACUCAUGGGACUCAUGCCACUUCUCUGAAGGACCUCCUGCAUGUCUCUGCACUCGCUUUCAUUCGGAGUUCAUGGGGGGUUCCUUAUUCAAGUCACAUAUCUCUGAGAAAAGGUUAUUAAAUCGGUUGCCUUAUGUGUUCUAAAAGUCAAUGUAAACCAACAUAAAGACAUAUUUUAACAUGG